CGGCGGCCAUUUUGUUUUGGAGAUCUAACAGGAGUUGGCGGCUGCAGCUGUGGAGGCCGCGCCGCAAGGCCGGAAAGGGCAGGCCGGGCGAGAAACCUAGGUCGGCCAACUGGACAGCCAGCCAGCAGCCAGGGACUAGCUCCGCAGUCUGCUGCUUCACGCAUCUGACCCAACCGCCCAGCUAGCGACUCGGAGCCCCUGCGCCGUCCUCCCCCUGAGCCGCGGCCGGUCCCCGGCCCGCCUGCCCAGCAGCCGCGGUGGCAGCCCCGAGAGGAGCCCUGGCGUCCGUUUCCUUCGAUUCUCGGGAUUUGAAGAUGGCUGCACAGUCAGCGCCGAAAGUUGUGCUAAAGAGCACCACCAAGAUGUCUCUUAAUGAGCGCUUUACUAAUAUGCUGAAGAACAAACAGCCGAUGCCAGUGAAUAUUCGGGCUUCGAUGCAGCAACAACAGCAGCUAGCCAGUGCCAGAAACAGAAGACUGGCCCAGCAGAUGGAGAAUAGACCCUCUGUCCAGGCAGCAUUAAAACUUAAGCAGACGGUAUAUGCCAAUCCGGACAGUGGCCGUGGAAGGAUAUGUCCGAGCUGUGGCUGGGCGUCCAGAGGGCGGUGCCAUGCAACUAAGAGCUUAAAGCAGCGCCUGGGUAAGAGUAACAUCCAGGCACGGUUAGGCCGACCCAUAGGGGCCCUGGCCAGGGGAGCAAUCGGAGGACGAGGCCUGCCCAUAAUUCAGAGAGGCUUGCCCAGAGGAGGACUACGUGGGGGACGUGCCACCAGAACCCUUCUUAGGGGCGGGAUGUCGCUCCGAGGUCAAAACCUGCUCCGAGGUGGACGAGCCGUAGCUCCCCGAAUGGGCUUAAGAAGAGGUGGUGUUCGAGGUCGUGGAGGUCCUGGGAGAGGGGGCCUAGGGCGUGGAGCUAUGGGUCGUGGCGGAAUCGGUGGUAGAGGUCGGGGUAUGAUAGGUCGGGGAAGAGGGGGCUUUGGUGGCAGAGGCAGAGGCCGUGGCCGAGGGAGAGGUGCCCUUACUCGCCCUGUGCUGACGAAGGAGCAGCUGGACAACCAACUGGAUGCGUACAUGUCAAAAACUAAAGGACACCUGGAUGCCGAGUUGGAUGCCUACAUGGCGCAGACAGACCCCGAAACCAACGAUUGAAGCCUGCCCACCGACCUUGAGAGACUCUUAAUAAGUCACCACGUUUGUAAAUAAUCUUGAGAUAACAGUUGAAAAGAAACCUGAUUGAUGCUGGAAGGACCUAUCAUCAUAACAGGCUGUGGACUUAGCUGCCACCAGUUGUGCAUUUAGUGUGUUCCUUUUCCUUUUUGAUACUGUGUUGUAUGAAAACCUUUUUCCCUUUGAUUUGGCUGGGCUUUGCCCUCCCUCCCUCCCCCGACUUCUCUUUGAACAUGAAUGUUUUGGCCUUAUGGCUAGGAUACCCUCUUCCUACCUCUGCCUCCCUUCACCUGUUAUGUACUCUGAUUAUCUUCGUUUCUCUGUUCAUCUCUGUUCCCUCACAAAAAAGGUCCUAGAAGAGCCAGUGUUCCUCCCUAAUGCCUAGGUUUCUGAGAUAAAGUUGUUCUACAUCUUUAA